AUGCAUAUGACGUCAGCAAAAUUCUUUCGGCGCACAUCUGUUAGUUUGGAAUCUUCUUCUACUUUACCUGAAGAUCUGAAUGAAACUGUUCAUCCAAAUCGUAAUUGGAGCUCUGUUCUCAUGGAAGAUGUUGGUCUUAAAUCGAUUUCUCCUGUUGAUCCACAGAAAGCUGUUUUUCGUGCUCCAGAGGAAGUAUAUGAAUCUAGCUCAGCUGAAUGGAAACAUUGCAUCUUAGCUCAAUUUCUCUCUUUCAAAGAACUGCGAAUCGACUUUGGGGGCGUGAUGGGGAAAUGGGAACCUGGAGAUACUAGAAUGGAUAUUGAUCUGAGGAAAUUCCCACUUUGGCUUACGCUUAAACAUGUGCCAAUUGAGCCAUACACUAAAUUAGGUUUAAGCUUCAUAGCAAGCAGAUUUGGUACUCCAUUGUACAUGGAUCGUGCUACUGCUAUGAAACAGAAAAUAUCCACUGGCAAAGUUUGUGUAGAGGUUGAUCUAGAAGCUAAACUGCUUGAUAAGAUUGCUGUAGAGUUGAGAGAUGGUACUGCAGUUACUAUUGAUGUUGAAAUUCCUUGGAGACCUACUCAAUGUAGCUCUUGUAAGGUUCUUGGACACACUGAUUGUAGUCUACCUAAGCAAGCACCUAAACAGAGGUGGACUCCUAAGAAAGCCUCAGCUGAUCAAGAUAUAGCUGCUACUAAUACUAUUAUUGUUGAUACUCAUACUGUUAAUAUUGUUCAACCUACACUCACAGAUUCAUCUAGUAAAUCUCAAACUUCAGGAAGUAAAUUAUCUGCUGCUGAUACUGGUAAAACAAGUACUUCAAAACAAUCAGCUAACCGUUUCACCAUAUUGCAAAAUGUUGAAGCUCCAGAUGCUAUUUCUGCCCCUGUUAUUGAAACUAGAGUUAAAGUCAUAAAUUCUGCUGCUAGUUUAUCUCGUUUAUUCCCUGGAUGGAACUAUUUUUGCAACUAUGAUCAUGCUCCUAAUGGUCGAAUCUGGUUUGUAUGGAAAGACUGUUGCCAAGUUGAUUUUAUUGAUUCCUGUGCACAAUGCAUUACUUGCAAGGUUACUUCUUAUGGAAAACAAUUCUAUGUUUCUGCUGUAUAUGGUGCAAAUUUUGAGAUUGAGAGGAAGGACCUAUGGAAUCAUUUACUGCAUCUUUCAGGAGUUAUUGAUCAUGCACCCUGGUUAGUAGCAAGGGAUUUUAAUAUUAUCUUUACUUUGGAAGAGAGCUCUGAUUACAAUGGUUCUCAACUCCCUGGUUCAGAUGUUUUGGCAUUUACUAAAUGCAUUUCUCAGUUAGAUUUAGUCGAUCAUAUCUACACUGGUCCACUUUUUACGUGGUGGAAUAAAAGGGAGGAAGGCUCUAUCUUCAUGAAAUUGGAUAGAGCUUUGGUAAAUAUUGACUGGUUCUUCAAUUUUUGGUCUGAGCAUGAUGAUUUUUUAGCCAUUGUUGCUCAAUCAUGGUCUCAAACUGUCUCUGGUAGAAAUCCUAUGAUUAAACUGUUUCGCAAACUUAAGAGAUUGAAAAUUGUGCUAAGACAGUUUAACAAAGAUAAGUUUGGUCAGCUCUCUAAUCAUGUACAUAGUAAACGUGAGGAGAUUGCUCAGUUACAGAAUUCUAUUUUACAAUAUGCUUCUCCACAGUUGAUUGUUGAUAUGAAAGUUAAAGAACUUGAAUUGAAGGAAUUAUCAAUUGCUGAGGAAAAGAUAUUGCAAGAUACUGUUCCUGAGGAGAUGAAACAAACUUUAGUUGCACCUAUUACCCCUGAUGAAAUCCAGAAAACUUUGUUUUCCAUGAGCAGUGACAAAGCACCAGGUCCUGAUGGGUUCAAUGCUCAUUUCUUUAAAACUGCAUGGAGUGUGGUGAAGCAAGAUGUUAUUGAGACUAUUCUUCACUUCUUUAACACAUGUGAUCUACUUCCUGCUUUCAAUUCAACUGCCAUUACUCGUGUUCCCAAAGUACCAAAUCCAAGUUAUAUUACUGAGUUUAGGCCUAUUGCAUGCUGCAUUAUCAUCUAUAGAUGUAUUACCAAGAUUUUGGCUAACAGAAUGCAGCCUUGUUUACCUUUUCUGAUUGCUGAUAAUCAAUACGCAUUUAUCAAGGGUAGGAAACUAGUUGAUAAUGUACUCCUAGCUCAAGAAAUUGUUUGUGGAUAUAAUAGGAGUAACAUCUCUCCAAGAUGUGCUCUAAAAAUUGAUCUUAGGAAAGCAUUUGACUCUGUGGAUUGGUCUUUUCUUGUUAAUAUCCUCCAAGCUCAUGAUUUCCCAGAUGUCUUCAUCAACUGGCUUUCUAAUUGCUUUAUGACUCCUCACUUUUCUUUAUCUCUUAAUGGUGGUCUUAUUGGGUACUUUGCUGGUGCUCGAGGAGUGACAGGGAGAUCCCAUCUCUCCCUAUCUCUUUGUCCUUGCUAUGAAUAUGAUCUGUUAAUCUUUACCAAAGGUAAUGCUGACUCCAUUACUGGUAUUAAAAGUAUUCUUAAUUUAUUCUAUUCUUACUCUGGGUUGAAGUUGAAUUGUACAAAAAGUGAGCUGUUUACAGUAGGAAUCUCUGUUGAGCAUGUCCAGGAAUUGCAAACAUUGUCUCAAUUCAAGAUUGGUACUCUUCCGGUUAGAUACUUGGGACUUCCUUUGGUUUCUAGAAACUUAUCAGAAAAAGAUUGUGGUGUACUGAUUAAGAAAAUCAAGCAAAGGAUUUCUAAUUGGGCUGUCAAAUAUCUCACUUUUGCUGGAAGGCUCCAAUUAAUUCAAUCUGUUCUCUUUAGCAUUCAAAACUUUUGGUGUCAAAGUUUCAUGCUACCUGGAGCUGUAAUUAAAAAAGUAAAUCAGCUUUGUUCUUCUUUCUUCUGGAAAGGUACUAGCACUAAUGCAAAAGGAGCACGGGUCAGCUGGGAUUGGAUCAGCCACCCUAAAUCUGAAGGAGGGCUUAGUCUCAAAAAUAUGACAAUUUGGAAUCAAGCUUGUAUCCUUAAGCAUCUUUGGAGUAUCUUUGUGCAGUCUGGAUCUCUUUGGAUAGCAUGGAUUCAUGCUUAUAUACUUAAAGGUAGUAAUAUCAUGGAGAUUCCUAGUCUUCAAAGAUAUAGUUGGAAUAUGAAAAAACUACUCAAACUCAGGGUAAAAGCUGCAUAUUUCAUCCAUAAUGGUGACUGGUCUCAAUCUACUUAUAUUUACAAGAUUUCUUUGAUUUAUAAUCAACUAAGGCAUCGACAGCCACAUGUCUCAUGGCACAGGUUAUUGUGGUUUUCUUAUAACUAUCCUAGGCAUUCUCUAAUUACCUGGAUGGUUAUUUUGGAUCGUUUGCCUACCAAGGAUCGAUUGAGACAAUGGAAUUUACAGUUAGACUCUAUGGAUUGUGUUCUUUGUGGACAACACACUGAUUGUAGAGAUCACAUUUUCUUCACUUGUGACUACUCAAAGAAGGUAUGGAUGAAGGUUCUUGCAGCUUGCAGAUUACAUAGGACUGUUGGUAACUGGCAUUAUGAAUUUCAGUGGGCUCUCUCUAAGCUUAAAGGUAAAUCUCUCCUAUCUCUAAUCCUGAAACUUGCAUGGAAUGCUUUCUGCUAUGUAAUUUGGAGAGAGAGAAAUAGGCGUCUUUUUCAGCGGCAAAUGCAAACUGUUGAACAGUCUUUUCAAUGUAUUGUUGAUGCUAUCAGAAUUAGGUUAUUGGGUCUUAGAAAUGUUGUUAGGGAUCCUGUAAAUGACUUUCUUUGUAAAAGCCGGUGUUUGCAGCUUGUUUGGUGA